AUGAACUUCUUCAGGCAAGUCAGACUUCUCCUCUGGAAGAACUGGAUCCUUCGGAAAAGACAAAAGCUUCGUUUUCUAGUGGAGCUUUUAUGGCCUCUGUCGUUGUUUCUUGCACUUGUCUGGCUGAGAAAAGCAAAUCCACUGUAUCGCCAACAUGAAUGUCACUUCCCAAACAAGGCAAUGCCAUCAGCAGGAACACUGCCAUGGUUACAUGGCAUCUUCUGCAACAUGAACAAUCCCUGUUUCCGCAGCCCAACCCAUGGAGAGGCUCCAGGUGUAGUGUCCAACUACAAAAAUUCCAUCCUUGCAAGGGUAUAUAAAGAUGCUCAGGAGCUUUUACGGGAAACCCCUGAAAUCCAUGACCUUGGAAGAAUCUGGGAAGAGUUGAUCAUUAUGACUCAGUUUAUGGAAACAAUGAGAACUAAUCCUGAAAGAAUUGCAGGAAGAGGAAUACGAAUUCUUGACAUUUUGAAAGAUGGGGAGACCCUCACUUCCUUCUUGCUAGAAAAUGUUGGCCUCCCAGAUUUUGUUGUUUACCAGCUUAUUAAUGCUCAAGUGCGCCCUGAACAGUUCGCCUAUGGUGUCCCUAGCUUGACUCUGAAGGACAUUGCUUGCAGUGAGGCCCUCCUGGACCGCUUUAUUAUCUUCAGCAGCCGAAGAGGUCUCCCUUCUGUACACAAGGCCAUGUGUGCCCUGUCCCAGGACAGUCUACAAAGAGUAGAAGAUGCCUUGUAUGCAAAUGUUGAUUUCUUUAAGCUAUUCCGGCUGCUUCCCUCUGUGUUGGACAGAAACUCACCAGGUGCUGACCUGAAGGCUUGGGGGAGGGUGCUGUCUAAUGUCUCCCAGGCAGUGCAAAAGCUGGCCAGGAAGCCAAGUGUUCAGGACCUUUUGAGGGUUCUGCAACCAUUUGUACAAGAUGGAAGGCCAGAAUCCUUGGGCACCUUGGUGAGUUCCCUGUCAGAUCUUUUCUGUGGCUACCCAGAAGGAGGUGGAUCCAGAGUGCUUUCCUUCAACUGGUAUGAAGAUAACAACUACAAAGCUUUCCUGGGGAUUGACUCAACAAGGAAGAAAUCUGGUUAUCUUUAUGAUAAUACAACCACACCCUUUUGUAAUGCAUUGAUCCAGAACUUGGAAUCAAACCCUUUAACCAAAAUAGCCUGGCAUGCUGUGAAGCCCCUGCUGAUGGGAAAAAUUCUCUUUGCUCCUGAUUCACCUUCUGUACGGGAAAUUGUAAAAAAUGCAAACUUCACUUUUGAGGAGCUUGAACGCCUCCGGUUGUUGACCAAAGCUUGGGAGGAAGUAGGACCUCAGCUGUGGCACUUCUUUCAAAACAGCCUGCAAAUGAACAUGAUCCGUGACUCUCUGAAGCACCCUACAGUGAGGGACUUCCUGAACAGCCAGAUGGCUGCAGAAGGAUUCACUGCAGAGCAAAUCAUCAACUUUCUGCACAGUGGAUCUUCAAGGACUCGGGAGAAGGGAAUGCCGGACUUUGACUGGCGGAACAUCUUCAGUGCUGUAGACCAAGUUCUGCGUUUGCUCAGUCAGUAUUUGGAGUGUUUGACCUUGGAUAAAUUUGAAGGUUAUCUUGAUGAAACUCAGCUGACUCGUCAAGCCCUUUAUCUGCUGGAGGAAAACAAAUUAUGGGCUGCUGUGGUUUUCUCAGACUUAGAACCUACAGCCAGCAGUCUCCCACCACAUGUGACGUACAAGAUCCGAAUGGACAUAGACGCAGUGGAGAAAACAAACAAAAUCAAAGACAGGUACUGGGAUCCUGGUCCAAGAGCUGAUCCUGUUGAUGAUUUACGUUAUAUCUGGGGAGGUUUUGCAUAUCUCCAGGACAUGAUUGAGCAUGGGAUUAUAAAGACCCAGACCAGCACUGAAGUGUCAUUGGGAAUUUAUCUGCAGCAAAUGCCAUAUCCAUGUUUUGUGGAUGAUGUCUUCAUGAUCACCUUAAACCGCGCCUUCCCCAUCUUCAUGGUGCUGGCUUGGAUUUAUUCAGUCUCCAUGACUGUGAAGAGCAUAGUGCUGGAGAAGGAAAUGCGUCUGAAAGAGGCCAUGAAGAACAGGGGCAUAACCAACGGCGUGAUUUGGUGCACUUGGUUCCUAGACAGCUUUUCCAUGAUGGCUGUGAGCACAUUGCUCCUCACAGCUCUGAUUAUGCAUGGACAAGUGCUACAUUAUAGCAAUCCACUUCUGUUCUUUCUGUUCCUACUGACAUUCACCACAGCCACCAUAAUGCAGUGUUUCUUGCUCAGCACCUUCUUCUCCAAAGCAAAUCUGGCUGCUGCCUGCAGUGGAGUCAUCUACUUCACCUUGUACCUGCCCCACAUCGUCUGCUUUGUCUGGCAGGAUCGUCUGACUGCUAAUCUGAAGAUCCUAGCAAGUUUGCUUUCUCAAGUAGCUUUUGGGUUCGGUACAGAAUACUUGUCACGCUAUGAAGAACAAGGUCUUGGCCUCCAGUGGGGUAACAUCAGAACCAGUCCCUUGGAAGGAGAUGAAUAUAGUUUUCUGUUUUCCAUUAACAUGAUGAUUUUUGAUGCUUUCCUUUAUGGAGUACUGUCUUGGUAUCUCGAUAACGUUUUUCCAGGGGACUAUGGGCUACCACAGCCCUGGUAUUUCCCUCUGCUGGAAUCCUAUUGGCUUGGCUCCAAAAGCCCAGAAGCUGAGAAAACAGCAACUGCUGAUGAAAAAAGUCCAGAGUCAGAAGGUUGUGUGGAUCAGAAGACCAUGGAAAGGGAAAAAAAUGAAAACAACUCAAAUAAAUCUGAAGAACCUGAAAAAACAGAAGAAAAGAGCGACGGCCAGGGGAAGAAGGAUGGUAAAAACAAACAAUGUAAACACAAACGAGAAAAAGAACCCGGCGAGCAGGGGAAGCCUAAGACAGAUGUCCAGGACAAAGAUGAAAUUAAUAUAAAUGCCUUCUUUGAGCCCGAGCCAGCAGGAUUGAUUCCAGGAGUGUGCAUUCAGAAUCUGGUGAAGAUUUUUGCAAACAGGCCCAAACCAGCAGUAGAUGGGAUAAAUAUUACUUUUUAUGAGGGUCAGAUCACAGCCUUCCUUGGUCACAAUGGAGCAGGAAAGACAACUACCAUGUCGAUACUGACAGGUCUCUUCCCUCCCACGUCUGGAACUGUGCUGGUUGGUGGCCUGGACAUCCAGACUCACAUGGACUCCAUUCGGCACAGAUUAGGGAUGUGCCCUCAGCACAACAUCCUAUUCAACCACCUUACUGUAGCAGAGCACAUCUUGUUUUAUUCUCAACUAAAAGGAAGAUCCAGGGAAGAAGCUGAGCAAGAACUAGAAACAAUGCUGGAAGACAUGGGCCUCACCCAUAAAAGAAAUGAAGAAGCUCAGAAUUUGUCAGGUGGAAUGCAAAGGAAACUGUCUGUUGCCAUUGCUUUUGUGGGUGAAGCAAAAGUGGUAGUCUUGGAUGAGCCCACUUCUGGAGUUGAUCCAUAUUCCAGGCGAUCUAUCUGGGAUCUUCUGCUGAAAUAUCGCCCAGGCAGAACUAUUAUCCUGUCAACCCAUCAUAUGGAUGAGGCAGACAUCCUUGGAGACAGAGUAGCAAUCAUAUCCCAAGGGAAACUCUUCUGCUCAGGCUCUCCUGUAUUCCUAAAGAACUCUUUUGGCUCUGGCUUUUAUCUCACCCUUGUUCGCAAAAUGAGAACCACAAAAAUGGGAAGGGCUACAUCAUUUUGUAGCUGUGGAUCUCAGUGCUCCUGCUCCUGUUCCAGCUGUGUGCACAGGGGUGAAGAAGGAUCUCCAGAGCUGGAACUGGAUGGAGAUCUAAAUGAGCUAGCAGAAGUAAUCCACCAUCAUAUCCCAGAAGCAAAAUUAAUUGAAAGCAUUGGUCAGGAGCUCAUUUAUCUUUUGCCCAAUAAAAAUUUUAAACAACGAUCUUAUGCCAGUCUCUUCAGAGAACUAGAAGAAACAUUGGAUGACCUGGGACUCAGCAGUUUUGGAGUUUCAGACACACCACUUGAAGAGGUUUUCCUAAAGGUCACAGCAGAAGCUGACCCUGAAAUGCAAAAAACAGGAGAUGUUCAAGAAAAUGGUUCUGCUCUUGCCAAAACUCCUACUGAGAACAAAGCAGCUGAACAAGCAGCCCUGAAAACCAGUGACACCUCUCGAAUGCCAGUAGGCAAACCAGGAGAUCAAAAUGAAGGCAAGGGGUCCCAACAGUAUAAAGGCUUUCAGCUUGUACAGCAGCAGAUCAAAGCACUGCUCAUCAAACGCUUCCACCACGCCUCCCGCAGCCUCAAGGACUUCCUAGCACAGGUUGUUCUCCCUGCUAGUUUUGUGUUGCUGUCUCUAGUACUUACAGUCAUUAUUCCUCCAUUUGGAGAAUAUCCUGCCUUAACAUUACACCCUUGGAUCUAUGGACAACAGUUUACUUUCUUCAGCAAUGAACGUCCUGGCAAUGAGCAGAUGGUCUCCCUUACUCAUGCUUUCUUGAAUAAACCAGGAUUUGGAAUUCGCUGUAUGAAGAAUCAGCCUCUUUUGAACUACCCAUGCAAUAACAUGCCAACUGCCUGGAGCACACCUGCUGUCCAUCCUAACCUAAGCAGCCUCCUGCUGAGCCAAGAGUGGAGCCCCGAAAAUCCGUCACCUUCCUGCAAGUGCAGCACUCACAAGAAACUCACUAUGCUGCCAGAAUGCCCUGCAGGUGCAGGAGGCCUCCCACCACCACAGAGAGUGCAACGCAGCACAGAAAUUCUUCAAGAUAUGACCCACAGAAAUAUUUCAGAUUUUCUAGUGAAAACAUAUCCCACUUUGAUAAAAGGAAGCUUGAAGAGUAAAUACUGGGUCAAUGAGCAGAGAUAUGGAGGAAUCUCUAUAGGAGGAAGGCUUCCAGUCCUUCAUGUUUCUGGAGAUCAAAUUGUCAAUUUUUUAAGCGAUCUUGGCCGAAUGAUGAAUGUGACAGGAGGACCAGCUUCACUGGCUGCUGCUAAAGAAAUGCCUAAUUUCCUUAAAUACAUGGAAACAGAAGAUAAUAUUAAGGUGUGGUUUAACAAUAAAGGCUGGCAUGCUGUGGUUAGUUUCCUCAAUGUAGCCAAUAAUGCAAUCCUCAGAGCUAACCUGAGGACUGGCCAAGACCCUGAGGAACAUGGGAUCACUGCUAUAAACCAUCCUCUGAACCUCACCAAGGAGCAACUCUCUGAAGUCACUGUACUGACCACUUCAGUGGAUGCUGUUGUUGCCAUCUGUGUGAUUUUUGCCAUGUCCUUUAUACCAGCCAGUUUUGUUUUAUACCUGAUCCAAGAACGUGUAACAAAAGCCAAACAUCUCCAGUUUGUCAGUGGUGUGAGCCCUGUUACCUACUGGCUAACUAACUUCAUGUGGGACAUACUUAACUUUGUGUUUUCUUUAGGCCAACUGACAUGAGAAUACUGAGGAUUUAUCAUAGUUUUUUUUCUGUUUCUUGCUGGCAGAUGGGCAGUAAUUCCCAUGAUGUACCCUGCUUCUUCUUUCUUCAGUAUCCCCAGCACUGCUUAUGUUGCAUUGUCUUGCAUUAAUCUCUUUGUGGGAAUCAACAGCAGUGCCAUUACAUUUAUCCUGGAAUUAUUUGAAAAUAAUCCAUCCUUGCUGAAGUUUAAUAAAACAUUGAAAAAUGUACUGCUUGUCCUCCCACAUUUUUGUUUGGGCCGUGGACUCAUAGACUUGGCCAUGAACCAAGCUGUGACUGAAGUAUAUGCAAGGUUUGGUGAGGAGCAUAUUUCUGAUCCCUUUCAGUGGGACUUUGUUGGAAAGAACCUGGUUGCCAUGGCUCUUCAAGGAGUUGUGUUCUUCUUUCUGAAUCUCUUUAUGCAGCACCGUUUGUUCUCCACAAGAUGGUUUGCUGAGACUGCCAUGUCACCUAUUAUUAAUGAAGAUGAGGAUGUUGCAGAAGAAAGAAAAAGAAUUAUGAAUGGAGGAAACAAAACAGAUAUCUUACAAUUACAAGAACUGACCAAGAUUUAUGCAGGUCGACGCAAGCCUGCAGUGGACAGACUCUGUGUUGGCAUCCGUCCCGGAGAGUGCUUUGGCCUUUUGGGAGUGAAUGGUGCUGGCAAAACAACAACAUUCAAAAUGCUGACUGGAGAUACUGAUGUGACAUCUGGAGAUGCUAUAGUGGCUGGCAGUAGUAUAUUGACCCACAUUUCUGAUGUCCAUCAAAACAUGGGAUACUGCCCUCAGUUUGAUGCCAUUGAUGACCUGCUCACAGGACGAGAACACCUGUAUUUAUAUGCACGCUUGCGGGGGGUUCCAGCAGAAGAAAUCGAGAGGGUUGCUGAAUGGGGCAUCCAGAAGCUGGGACUCCCUAUGUACGCAGACCACCUGGCAGGGACCUACAGUGGUGGCAACAAGCGCAAGCUCUCCACUGCCAUUGCCCUGAUAGGCUGCCCACCACUCGUCUUGCUAGAUGAACCGACCACGGGGAUGGACCCUCAGUCCCGGCGCCUCCUGUGGGACUCUAUUGUUGGUGUGCUCAGAGAUGGGCGAGCAGUGGUGCUAACCUCACACAGUAUGGAAGAAUGUGAAGCCCUCUGUACUCGUUUAGCCAUCAUGGUACAAGGUACCUUCAAAUGCCUAGGCACAAUUCAGGAGCUAAAAUACAAGUUUGGAGAUGGCUACAUUGUCACUCUGAAAAUCAAAGCUCCAAAGUCUGGGCUGCCUCCAGAUCCUGCUCCUGCUGAGAAAUUCAUACGCAUGAACUUCCCAGGGAGUUUCCAGAGAGAAAAACACUACAACAUGCUGCAGUAUCAGAUUUGCUCUUCCUCUCUGGCUAAGAUUUUUCGAUUAAUAAUCUCCAAUAAGGAAAAUUUGCAUAUUGAAGAAUAUUCUGUGUCUCAAACAACAUUAGAUCAGGUUUUUGUGAACUUUGCUAAACAGCAGAUGGAGGAUGAGGAAAUUCCUUUGCAUCCACGUGCAGCUGGAGCCAGCCGAGAAGCCAGGGUGUCCCCAGCUCUGCAUCAGCAGGCAGUUGCAUAG